CAAAAACAAUAAGUGCUGAGCAGUGGCCAAAGCUAUCAAAGCGUGGGUUGUGGGAAGGAUCGGACACGACAGCGAUGGAAGAAAAGAGGAAAACUUCACUAGAUCCGACAUAGGGCAAUUGACCAGCCAAUAUGGUAGUUUUAAUGGUAGCGAGUGGCGAGGUUCGUCAUCAAAACGGAGAAAUAACAUGGGUUAUCCCAGCAAUCGCGAGCUUGGUCUCGUUGUCCAUGUUCAUAAUUCUUUGUUCCUGGUGCAGAAAAUGUUGGAAGACUUCGAAAGCUCAAGAAACCGAGAUCGGCACUGAAACUUUUGAUUCAAGCUCUGAAUCACUCGCUUCAACACCCAAGCAAAAAUACCAGUCUCUCUACACGGGCAAAAAGCCUGUGGGUAGCACCUAUGACCCCAUUUAUAGCCAUCGAUCAGGCUACGAUUCACCGGAUUAUAUGCGUAGUACAUUGAAGUUUAAUCGCCCACCUUCGCAAGAAUUCGAAUUUCAGACUCCACAGCUGAAUAUCAGUAAAGUCGAAGUCCCGCCGGCACCUCCGCCACCCCCUGACGCAAGCUUGAAGGAGCAGUUAGGAAAAAUAUUCUUCUCUUUGACUUACUAUUCCUCGGACUCUGUCUUAACUUUGAAGGUUCUCAAAGCGCAGGGUCUCCCUGCGAAGGACUUCAGUGGAACGAGUGACCCAUUUGUAAAGAUUAUGCUCCUUCCGGAUAAGAAACACAAGUUAGAAACCCGAGUAAAACGGAAGAAUUUGAAUCCAGUGUGGAAUGAGGUGUUUACAUUUGAGGGUUUCCCCCAUAACAAACUAAUGGGUAAGACAUUGUACAUGCAAGUACUGGAUUAUGAUCGAUUUUCAAGAAAUGAUCCUAUUGGUGAGGUUGAAAUACCCCUGGAAAAUAUCGAUCUUGGUCCUGUUACGCUCACAUUCACGAAGGAUCUUCUGCCCUGCAAGAAAGAUAGGGUGCCUCUGGGAGAUCUCCUUGUCUCGCUAAUGUACCAGCCUACCAACAACCGAAUAAUUGUGGUCGUGAUGAAGGCGAAUAAGCUGAAAGCGAUGGACCUCACCGGCUCGUCAGACCCAUACGUGAAAAUGUACAUCAUGCACAAAGACCGUCGUCUCGACAAGAAAAAGACGACGAUAAAGAGACGGACGCGCGACCCGGUGUGGAACGAAUCCUUCAUCUUCGAUGUGCCCUUGGACAAGAUCCGGGACCUUACCUUUGUAUUCAACGUGAUGGACUAUGACCGAAUCACACAAAACGAGUUAAUUGGCCAGGUCAUACUGGGAUACCGCACCACAGGGAGCUCGUUAAGACAUUGGACAGAAAUGAUGAAUAACCCGCGGAAGCCUGUGGCGCAAUGGCAUCGGCUUCAAGACGCCCUUUAACUAGUUCCCUGGCUACACUCUUCUUUUCUUGGCACAGGAAACACUGGGAAGAAUACUGUGUCGGAAGGCUUGGUUGCAAGGUUAACAUGGGCUCUUUUCCGUCAUUUUUAGCACAGAAAUCUCGAGGGUUGUCUUCUCGGCGCAAAAAUGCUCUUUUACAGCGACCGCAAAGCACGAUGGGCCUCCCAGCAUGCAGUGGUGGUAGCCCGAAAACGGAUGUAAAGAAAUACUUUCUUGUAUUUUCAAGGUUUGGGCCAGGACCGGGUCACCCUCUUUUAUUUAUAGCAUGUGUAGCUAGCUAAGAAGUUUGGCAAUAACGACACACUGCGGUUCUCAAUAUUUUGCCAACUCUGGGAAACCAACAGUUUAUUUUUAGUGCUGCUUUUUUUCUGGGCCAGCCCGUGGCGGAAUGUUGUCGUAAUUUGAAACUAUUUCGGUGCUCGUCACAGGCUUACCAUCCUAAUGUUGUUAUGCGCACUCCGCGUCUCGUUUUUUUUUUUUUCGUAGAAUGAAGGUCACAUAAACACUCAUUACGUUGUCUUUGAUGUCUGGAGGGAGAUCAGUAAAAAGAAAAAACAAUAACUUUAGGAUGGUAAGCCUGUGUGGCCAUAUGGUGACCAAGGAUUGAUUACUGAACCCAGAAGGCGAUUUAGGGGCCGUCCACAAUAACACGUUUGAAUCCGUAUACUUUUUGAUACGUUUAGGCCUUCCGUCCACACCAAUCCAGCGAAUCCAGAUACUUUUAAAAACGCUGUCGAAAGUGAAUGAAAAUGAAUCCGUAUACUUUGGUCCGUAGUGUAGACGGUCGAAUCCGUAUCAAAAGGAAAACAAUGGCGUCAUAUCGCAGACGCGCGCUGCUUUGAGCAUGCGCAUAUCUUUCAGCGUUUUCAAACAUUUGAUUCCGUGUUAGUGUAGACGGCUGGAUCCAGGCGAACACGAUGCGAAAACGAUAGUGUGGACGCGAACCAAGUGAUGUGUUUCGGCGAAACGAAUCCGGAUACUUUUGAAUCCGUGUUAGUGUGGACGACCCCUUAGCAGUUGGAAAUACUCGGCGAAAGCUCUAGAAUGAUGAAAACCGUAGUACUAAGGUGACAACAAUACUCGUAUUUCCAAAGCUCAAAACACCUAAUUUCGUUGAUCCUUGUGUAGGAUGAUUGAGUCGAUGAUGAGAACUGCUUAUGAACUACAAAAAUCUGAUAAUGACCAUUUCCAAGUUGAAAAUAUCUCCAUCGUGAAAGCCAAAUUAUCCAUGCUCGAGAUCCAGCGUACUUUGCGGGCGCUCGCAAAGGUCACUACUGCAGACCUUUGGAAGCUCACCCAGAGUACGCUGGAUCCUUGAGCAUGCAAACUAUCGGGAACGGGAAGUAAUAUUCUAUAAUAGCUGCAUAAUGAUAAAGGAAUAUAGUGUAGCGUCUUAUUUAAAUCUGGCAGCAUUAUAAUGUCUGAAAUUUGUAUGAACAAUGUAAGAGAAAUAAAAAGGAUUGGAUUUGGUAUGAGAAUAAAUAAUCCAUCUUUGUGAAA